GUUGCCUAGGUCGUAACCCGCACUGCUCCUUCCGGAGGAUGUCGUUGGCUUCUCAGAAGGUGCCUAGGCGGUUGGUGAUGAUCUUGACGGGAGCUUGCCUACGCGAGACAGCAGCGAGAUCCCCCUGUAGUUGUUGGAGUUGCACCGGUUAUCCUUCUUGUCCAACACCCUUGAUGGUUGCGUCCUUCCACUCUUGGUAGAUCUCUCCUCCGUUCCACACCUCAACAAGGAUAGCAUGGAUGUGCUCCAGGACGAUGGGUUCGUCGUAGUCGUCGAUCUUGAGCAACUCGGGCAUGGAGGGAAUCAUUGCCGGGUGGGUGCCUUCCAGUUCUGCAGGCCUGUCGUUGCCCGUUCCACCUCCUCGAGGUCUAGCGCCAUGGGAAUACACGGGCGUGAUGAGCUGAACGAGAAUGGUCGCCUACUGGUGAUCUUCACAACGGAGAACAAGCUAGCACUCACGAAUACCUUCUUUGAGACGUGCAAGGGGGGAAUAUGGCACACAUACAACAACGGUGUCGGGGAGCGACCGCAGGCGAAUCGACUACUAUAUUCUAACACGACGGGCACACAACGGCCGAGUGUCUAUGAUGUGGUUGCCAUCCGCCAGCCGGAAAACCCAGUCAAGGCGGACUCAAACCACAACAUGGUGAUGGACACCGUCAAGCCUCGGUGGCAGGCCUGCCCACAACCGAGCAGUCCGGACCAAACUGGUAAAGUGAGCCCCACGCUCGAUGACAAGGCGUCGCUGGUGAUCGUGAUGUGCGUGGUGUUUCUUGGCGACACUGCCCGAGGCAUCUUCUUCCCCACCCUAUGGAAGUACGUGCAGGCCAUGGGAGGCGACCGCAUCACCCUUGGGUACAGCGUGGGAGCGUUCAGCUUCGGCAGGCAAGUGGCAGUAAUGAUCUCUCCGUACUUCGGAGGCCUCUCCACGAAGCACGGCUACCGGAAGGUGCUCAUGGUGGCCAGCGGGCUCAUCGCCCUGGGAGCCCUCGCCUACGCCCUAGCCUGGACCACCGCGGCCCUGAUCGGCGCGCAGAUAAUCAUGGGGGUGGGGUCGGGGACGCUGGGGGUUACCCGCGCGUACGUCGCCGACAAGUCGACGCCGGAACAGAGGACUUACCUGCUGGCGUACACGACCGCGGUGCAAUACGCAGGGUUUACGUGCAUGCCUUUCGUAGGGGGUUUCCUAUCGUUCCUGAUCAAGGACCGCCGCAUACCCCUGCUCGGGGAAUUCUUGGUGCUAACUUCCUUCACCGCGCCGGCAUACGUGAUGGUGGUAGCGGCGUUGCUCCUCUUCACGCUCCUGAAGCUCGUGUUCGAGGAUUCCAUCCCCAAGGGCAAGUCGACCAAGACGAGCAAGCAGGUCAAGGCCUCGACCAAGAAGAGCACGCCGCUGGUCAAGACGGAGGCGGAGAUCGCCUACAGCAGCGGCUCCGCGGCCAAGUACCUCAUGGGGGCUCCGUCCGAGGUCUCCCUCGCCAGGUCUGGCUGGAUGAGCGACAGCGAUACCGACGACCAGUGGCCCCCGGCUGAGCCGGGCGCGAGGAACGGCAGCAGCGGGCCCGGGCUGUUCGUGGACUCGGACGACGAGGACGAGACGCGGCGGCCGUCGACCGUGUCGGCGACAACACCAAAAACGGCAACGGCGAUGGUGCAAGAUUCCGAGCAGGGAUUGCUGGCGGCUCCCAGCGGCAAUGACAGCAACGGGUACGGUAGUGUUCCCGCUCCGGAAGAGGGCGCGGGGGAAGAGGGAGGGGAGGAGGAGUUGCGGAGAGAAGAGCGGUGGUGGUGCCGCACGCCGACCGCGUCGGAAGUGCUCAUCUACGGGGGUUUCCUGCUGAACAUGAGCACCAAGGGCACCAUCGCCUGCUUCGAGACCCUUGGUGCGGAGUACGCCAUGACGCACUUCGGCAUGACCAGUGCGGAAGCAGGGUCGACUUUCGCGACCUUCGGGUCGAUUGGAGUGGUGUCGUUGCUGUCGAUGCGUUUGAUCUGCCGCUACUUGAACGACGUCCAGAUCGUCCUGGGGGGCAUGGGGGUGAUGAUCGUGGCGUGCCUCAUGUUCGUGCGAAAUCCGGAGGGGGCUUCGGGUCUCCCUCUCUUCUUGUGGGCAGUUUUCCUAAUGUACUCGGUGGGCUACCCCAUCGGACACACAGCGGUGCUGGGUCUGUUUUCGAAGGUUGUCGGAGCGCAGCCGCAGGGGGCCCUGCUGGGGUGGUUCGGAUCUGCCGGGUCCCUGGCUAGAAUCGGCUUCCCGGUUGUCGCCGGGGUGAUAUCGCAGAAGCUAGGCACGUCGAAGCUCUUCAUGGUUCUGGUGGGGACUUUGUCCAUCACCGCGGCCAUCCUAUUCGCCUUCCGAAAGCGCUACCUGGACUGCGUAGAGAUCACCAAGCAGAAAUCCCUGUCUCGACAGGCCGCCGCUACCGCCGCCAACUCCGCCGCACCCGGCGGCGGCGGUAGCGGGUCGUCGGAGUAAUAUGGGGAACCAAUCGGUACUGCACCUUCUUUGCGAUCUGGGCAUGAGAACGCCUCAUUGCAAGAUGGGGGUGAGUUUUCUAGGCUGGGGUGGAGGGGGGCGUAGGAGUCGGAGGCUUGGCUAGUUGUCGAGCUGACGGCCGAAACGGGGGAUGGUUGCUUGAAAACGGGGGGGGAUGGAAUUCAGCGCAUAUGGGUCAAGUACAAUGGCGUUGGUGAAGUGUUUCUUCCCGCGAACGACCCCGGCGUCGCCAACGGGGCAUGUAGGGGGUGGGGUUUGCAGGCUGGUUUUUGAGGGUGUCCCAAUUUUGUCUUGAAUGCGAGGAGGGUGAGCGCGGGUAUGUUCCACAGUACAGUAGUAAGUGGGAUGAUAAGUUGUCUUUGGGUAAAAGGGGGGAGAGGUAUCCUUUACAGAACUUUAGUGCGAGAAACCCGUGGCUGGUAGGUGGACUACAAUGAUGGUGUACAUGGUACUUAAUUUAAAACAGCGGCUAUCAUUUGGUGCAACAAGGGAUGGCAGCGGUUGUGUGAAGACAUAGCAUCAAGCCUUCGGGUUUAUUUACCAUGUGUAUUUUUGGUUAAUUAUUACCUUAGUGUCGCACAGGCGAAUUUUGUCUUCGUCUGUGAUUGUUGCGUGCUCAAAGCCCGGCGCAAGAGUUUUACCAUGGUUUCCGUCCCUGCACUUGUGCGACGAUCAUAUUUUUGCUGUACGCCGAGGCCUCGUACAAAUCUCAAUGUCGUCCAAGACGCAUGCAACCCACCGCGUGUUUAUGUAUGCAUUAAUGUUGCGUCUCCCCCGUGGACUGUACUGCGGUGCUGUAAUCUCUGCGUGUUCUAAUCACGGAAAGGGCGAAUCGUCCCUGAAC